AUGACUCGUGGUUUUCUCGGAACAGACCCACUGAAUGACUCCUACAUCAAGAAUGUGAUCGCAAAGUACACAGCCAAGUACACCAGCCAGAGGAAGAAGGGACGUGAGCCAAUGUCGCAACACUCAAUACCGACACAUGCGAUGUUCCGACGAUCCCAGGCUACUUUCAAAGCCAGGAACGUGUUUCUCCCGACCGAACUCAUCUUGAACAUCGCAGAUCAUUUGGAACAUCACAAGGAUAUUCGAGCUCUGCUUUCGGCGUUUCCACAUUGGUACCCAAUGAUCCCGGAAAGCUACUGGAGAAGUCGAUUCAUUGAGGAUAACCAUCUGGAAAGCAGUCAUUUCCCAGCAGCGGAUGCUUUGGAUUGGCAGCAUGUCUAUCUUCAUAGUGACAGGCUGCCACGACCUUCAUUUGGGUGGCGGAAUAGGCAGCACAUCUUGAGUCAACUUGAAGCUGUAAAAGAACGAUUCUUGCGGCGAAUGAAGCAGAAGGGUAUUCAAGAGUGA